AUCCCUACAGCUGUUCAAGAAUGAAUUCCUUCAAGGUGCCAGUAAUUGAUGUCCAGAAUGAUAACUUCAAGGAGCUGUGGCCAUCUAUGCUCUUGGCGAUCAAAACUUCUAGCUUCAUUGCUCUUGAUACGGAACUUAGUGGGCUUGGAACAAGAAAGAGUUUGUUAAAUCAGUGCAUUGAAGAACGGUACAAAGCUGUAUGCAAUGCUGCUAGAACACGCUCCAUCUUAUCUCUAGGGAUUGCUUGUUUCAAACAGCUCCCUGAUAAGUUGGAAAAAACAUACCUCUCCCAGAUCUACAACCUGACUCUGCUGUGUAUGGAGGAAUACAUCAUUGAACCACAAUCAGUUCAGUUUCUUGUGCAACAUGGAUUUGACUUCAACAAGCAGUAUUCGCAGGGCAUUCCCUACCAUAAAGGCAAUGACAAGGGAAAUGAAAACCAGAGCCAGACAGUCCGUACUUUCUUCCUGGAACUCAUCCGAGCCAGGAAGCCACUGAUUCUACACAAUGGCUUAAUUGAUAUGGUUUUCUUGUACCAGUGCUUCUAUGCUCACCUACCUGACAAUUUAGGCACCUUCACUGCUGAUCUUUCUGAAAUGUUCCCAGCUGGUAUCUAUGAUACUAAGUAUGCCUCUGAGUUUGAGGCUCGCUUUGUGGCCUCCUACCUAGAGUAUGCCUACAAAAAGUGCAAACGCGAGAACUGCAGGUUGAAGGACGCCAAAAAACAGCACCUCAACAUAGAGUUUUGCAACUACCCUGCCAACAUAGCUUCCUACAUCGAUUACCGCUUCUGCACUUUGUCUGAUGCCAGUCAGCUUGGGAUUGAUGCAGCAAACAAAGUUCCCCUCUGCCAGACAUUUUCUGCCUAUGGGUGGUGUCCAGAUGGGUUGAAGUGCUCACAGUCUCACAACAUUGAUCUAAUCAUUACUGAAGACGAGAUCGUCAAAGAACAGAGGAGGAAGAAAAGGAAGCAGAAAUGGAAACGUCGGAAGCAUUUGGAGACGCUCCCAAAGGAACCCGAGCUGGAUAGCCCUGAUAAGGAUGGAGAGGUGGCUUUGAAUAAUGAUGGGCCCCCUUCCAAACAGUCCUGUCCUGGCAACGCAGUUACUCCCAGUGUGGACUUCACAGAUCCAGAGCCUGUGUCUAGUAAUGAGGAAAGUUCUAUGGAUGUGGAACGAGAAUUAGGCUCUGACAGUGCAGCUGAAGCCAAGAUGGAUGAGGAACACAACGAGGACAGCACUUUACCACCACCCAAAGAAGUGCAGGACGAAAGGGCAGCAGGGACUGAGGAACUGGGGCCAAAAGGACAGCUGCAGAGUGUUUCUGCAGUGACCUCGCCUACCACAGCAAAGCCAGUGGCACACCUGCCUAACUGUUCCGAAGGGGGAAUUCACCGGGCUGGCUUUGAUGCCUUCAUGACUGGUUACAUCAUGGCAUAUGUCCAUAUGCUCAAGAAUGAUGAGCAUCAAGACUCGGGUGGAGGCACUUGGUUGCCAGACUGCCACAACAAACUGUACCUCAGUGGGAAGUCUGUGCCCCUCCAUAUUGUGAAAAGUUUGUUCUCUAAAUCUUCUAAAGCUCAUAGCCAAAAGAUGAAAUUGGCUUGGUCCAAUACCUAGAGCUAGAAGCCCUCCCAACUUGGAUUCUAGAUUAGUACUGUUGGGGGA